CCCUCAAUCCUCUCCAAUUUUUCCAGCAGCAGUUACAUCAGUGCCACUUAAUCUCUCUAUGCUUGCUAAAGACUCCCAUUUAUGCAUCCAGAGAUUGCGCAGUCCUUCUUGCCAUGGCAUCACACUCAGAUUCAGCAUGACCCCCACAUUUUAUGUUCCUCCAUUGUUGGAGCUGGACUGGGAGGAAGAAGUAGAAGUAAAAAUCUAAUGUAUUAAAGGGCAUAACAAUUAUAUAAGCAUUUGCAGGUUCCUAUUUUAGUCUUUCAUCUACCACGAGUGUUGAACAGGAAAUAAAUCUGUAUCCCAAGCUCAUGAUAACAGAAAAGUUCCAGUGCUUGAGUUUGGUUAACUUUGGGUUUUAAUUCCCUAUAAGCAAGAUAAGUGGUUUCAGACAGGUGGGUUGAGGUUCCCUCUGUGGGGUAUUAUAUAAAAUGUGUGAUGUCUCUUGAAGAAAUCCUGUACCUUGAGGUUUCUGUUUGUUAAAUUGUGGAUUGUUAGGUGUUGGCAGCAGGGAAUAAGACUCUUGAGGAAAACAUUGGGGUACCAAACGCUAUUCAGAAGGCUUAGAAUGAAAAGGAUAACUAAAUAAGGCCAAGGAAGAUCAAGAGUAACGUACCUCCAGGGAGGGUUGCUCGUAUGUGGAAUGGACUCUAAGACCCUGACAGAAAUUGCAGCCAGCGAGUUAUUCAGAAAGAGCUAUCCAGGUCCUUAAAAACAAAAUGAAAAUGACGACACCUGCCCACAAGACAUUCUGUUCAUUCCACACCGGGCAGUUCUCCUUCAUCAUGUUGGAUAGUGAGUCCCAAGCCUAGUGGCAGGAGAGAGAGUAUGCCAUUCAAUCCUCAUCCCUCCAUUUUGCUAUAGCCAGUCAAAAUAUGUGUGUACGGGAGAGUGCUUAUUUGUGUUCAGCUUCAUUUUGCUCAUUUCCCCAACUCUUAUUUUUGUGGGUUUUUCACUCACGUCUCUCAAAAUGAACUAGAUUUUGUAUUUUUUCUUUUUUUUCUCCCUAAUUUUCCAACACAUGUGCCUGAGCUCCUGGAGUUCAAACCACCGUAAAAGGCUGACCAUCUUGUGGAAGCAGGGUACUGAGUCCAUAAAGUUGGAAAAUGGACAGAGCACAGCAGCUAAGUUAGGACUUCCUCCUCUCACCCCGGAACAGCAGGAAGCACUUCAGAAGGCAAAGAAGUAUGCGAUGGAGCAGAGUAUCAAGAGCGUGCUGGUGAAGCAAACCAUCGCCCACCAGCAACAGCAGCUCACUAACCUUCAGAUGGCAGCAGUGACAAUGGGCUUUGGAGAUCCUCUCUCACCUUUACAAUCGAUGGCAGCUCAGAGGCAACGGGCCCUGGCCAUCAUGUGUCGUGUCUACGUGGGCUCCAUAUACUACGAACUGGGAGAAGACACCAUCCGCCAGGCCUUUGCUCCAUUUGGACCUAUCAAAAGUAUUGACAUGUCCUGGGAUUCUGUUACAAUGAAACACAAGGGCUUUGCUUUCGUGGAAUAUGAGGUGCCUGAAGCUGCGCAGUUGGCCUUGGAGCAGAUGAACUCUGUCAUGCUGGGCGGGAGAAACAUAAAGGUUGGUAGGCCUAGUAAUAUUGGCCAGGCACAGCCAAUCAUAGACCAACUAGCAGAGGAGGCACGAGCUUUCAACCGCAUCUACGUGGCAUCUGUUCACCAGGACCUGUCAGAUGAUGACAUUAAGAGUGUGUUUGAGGCCUUUGGGAAGAUUAAGUCCUGCACACUAGCCAGGGACCCCACAACAGGGAAGCACAAAGGCUAUGGCUUCAUUGAGUAUGAGAAGGCACAGUCAUCGCAAGAUGCUGUCUCAUCAAUGAACCUCUUUGACUUGGGUGGCCAAUAUCUCCGGGUUGGCAAAGCUGUCACUCCCCCAAUGCCUCUCCUAACACCUGCAACACCAGGAGGAUUACCCCCUGCAGCAGCUGUGGCUGCAGCAGCUGCCACAGCAAAGAUAACAGCUCAGGAAGCAGUGGCAGGAGCUGCAGUCCUUGGCACGCUAGCAACACCUGGGCUGGUGUCACCAGCACUGACCCUGGCCCAGCCUCUGGGGGCAUUACCGCAGGCCGUAAUGGCAGCGCAGGCACCUGGAGUCAUUACGGGUGUGACCCCCGCUCGACCGCCUAUCCCAGUCACUAUUCCCCAGGUGGGGGUAGUGAAUCCUAUCCUGGCAAGCCCCCCCACAUUGGGUCUGUUGGAGGCCAAGAAGGAGAAGGAGGAAGAGGAGAUCUUCCAAGAAUCAGAGAGGCCUGAAAUGCUCAGUGAGCAGGAGCACAUGAGCAUAUCGGGCAGCAGUGCCCGUCACAUGGUGAUGCAGAAACUGCUUCGCAAGCAGGAGUCGACUGUGAUGGUGCUACGCAACAUGGUGGAUCCAAAGGACAUUGAUGAUGAUCUGGAGGGAGAAGUGACAGAAGAGUGUGGGAAGUUUGGGGCAGUGAACAGGGUCAUCAUCUACCAGGAGAAGCAGGGCGAAGAGGAGGACGCUGAGAUCAUUGUCAAGAUCUUUGUUGAAUUCUCUAUGGCCUCGGAGACUCACAAAGCCAUUCAGGCCCUGAACGGGCGCUGGUUUGCUGGCCGGAAGGUGAUGGCAGAGGUGUAUGACCAGGAGAGAUUUGAUAAUGGUGACCUGUCAGCAUGAACUCUGCCCGAGAGAGACUUCUACCCUGACUUCUCCGGCCCAUCUGGUUUUUUAGCCGUGUGUAAGGAACGCUCCUGGGUGGGCGCAGCUCUCUACUGUGAUGUACAUGUAGUUUGGAUAAAAGUGCGAAGAAAA